AUAAAUAUAUCUUACGUGUACACAAUGUCGGAUUUUGAGUACAUGGCGGAUUCUAUAACGCAAGACUAUCUAAUGUACAGACUUUAAAAGUCUGGCUACAAUUUUGAAAUUAUUUCAAAAUGGCCAACGGUUUAUUGUUCAACAUGCAAAUCGAAACUAGAAACAGAUUUAAUGACUUGUUGCCAUGCUUGUAAAGAAGCCAAAAUGUAUGCAGUCUCUGAGGAAAAGACAAGUGAUGCUUCGUUUCUCACGAAAGAAAUAAAACUCAUGAGAGAACUGUGUGAUAAGUUUGAAAACAGCGCUGUCGUCGAAAGGCAACUCGGAAUUACUAUAAACAUACAACCCGAAAAACACAAAGCUUCGCUUCAGGUUUAUCUUUUGCAAGCAGCCGAUAAAUUAUUUGAAAACCAAACAAACUGGGAGGGAAUCCUAUCUUUGCUGAUCCUAAGUGGAUCGUUGGCAAAAUUGUGUGCUGAAGAAGGCCAAACUGCUGAUGUCGAAAUCAUUCAACGUAUUACAUGCUGGUUCAUCAACGACAAACUUCGUCAAUGGAUCAUCACUAUUGGCGGAUGGGAAAAGUGUGUUGCCUGGGCAGAGAAAUAUGACUCGGCAGAAGAAUACGGAAAGAAGCUCAAUGAAUCAACACCACAAGGCACAAAAAGCGCAAAAGGCCACGAGAAAGCUACUUCGAAAGUGAGUAUGAAGCAAGUGCGACAUCUGAAAGCUCUGAGUUUGAUGACACAGACAGUUUACUACUGUCAUCGUUCCACAGUUAUCAUGAAGAGGAGGAGGCUGCCAGAUUAAUGUUUAGAAAAAAAGAAUAUAAGAAGUAAAUAACUUCCUGAGAAACGACUAUAAUCUAAACGAGAUGCUACACGAUGCUGAAUGAACUGAUGUAAAACAAACUGCUUCACGUAAAAGUAGGUUUCCUCUGAUAGACAGAGAAUCUGAGACCAUGUGUUAAAUCAUGUUAUAAUUUCUUGAGAAACUUUGUGGUUUGGGUUAACAGAUUAAUAGAUGAAUGUGAUUUGGAAGAAUAUAUCAAAUUUUGCCCAAAAUACGUGAAGGUGUGUUAUACAUAUUUAUUGAAAGGUAAUGAUUUAUAUAAACAUUUACCGUACAUAAAGUACGUUUUAAAAUGUGUAACAUUAAAAUGUUUUAAACAUAUGUGUAACGAAAUAAUAUGCUUAAACAACCGUUUUAUUUAAAAUGUUGAUAACCCAUGUAACCUACAUGUACAUGUACAUUGCAUUAUUUAUGAUCUGGCCGUUUUCCAAAUUAUAUUUAGAGGUAUUCUGAACUAAGCGUUUAGAUUUUAUAAAUCAGAUUCAUUGCGUUUUCAAUUUAUAAGAAGUCCCACACACUUUAUAUUAUUCGUGUUAAUAGCUUUGUUUAUCACUGUAAAAAAUAUUAAAUUCGUAUAUAUGCAUACAAGAAUAGAAAGUAAAAACGAAACUUGAAAAUACAACAUAUUGUUGAAACUGAAUAUUCGAAUAUUUAACUUUGUUG